GAAAGUAGUGUGAAAAAAGUAAUUGGAUUUAUAGUUACACGUAGUAAUGUAAAUGCAGGACCUUACACCAAUUAAAAAGAUCUGAUUACAGCAGUAGACAUUGAGAAACAGUGUUGCCUUAGCAACCACAAACAGUUUACCCUCUGCAGUUGCAUACUUGAUGUUUUCUGCACGCAUCUAGCCUCAGCCUUUACUUUUUCACGUCCACAGCUCAAUAAAAACUGCCCUUAUUAUCUAAGUAACGCCUGGGACAUUAAGGUAAUCCUGAUUAAAAGUGUAAAUAUUUACAGUGUUUGAAAUUAUGAAUGAUAAUGAAAAAAAUUUGGAAGCUUCUCAAAUGGAAAGUACUUUAAAACAAAGAUCAUUACUCCGAAAAUAUGAAAUUCCGAUAGAUUAUCUGAGUUAUGAAUAUAUUGGCAGAUGUAAUGAUGUAAAACAACUUGAAAGAAUUGUGAAGAUACUAAGAUCUGGUGAAGAAGGAUUCUAUCCUGAUCUACAAAAAGCAACAGAAGAUCGGCUACGCUUGUUGAAUCCUGUCAGUCGACAACUGCGUAUAGAAGAGCCUGUACUCACACGUAAUAGUUUGAAUCGUGAAGAAUGGAACACAAUUUUAACUGACAUUUCCAUGUGGCAAAAAGAAAUUUCUGUAUCUGAUAUGACAUUGUCAGAAGAAAACAACAAGUUAGAAGACGCCAUUGAAGCUCCAAUCAGACAAGCUCCUGUGUUGGAAUCUUCUGUUAAAAAUAAAUGUACUGAGAGUAAACGUAAAGUAAACCGUGUGAGUGACUACAAAGCGUGGGACAAAUAUGAUGCAGAUACAGAAUUGCUCAAGAUGGAUUUGAAACAAGAACAAGAGGAUACGUCACAGAAGAAAAGUCAACAAACCACGGUUGAGAGGAUUAAGGUGGUAGAAAAUGAUAUUGAAAACCUGUCACAGAUAGAACGACAGCUUUUAGCUGAACAGGAAAAAAAUAGAGGUAAUGAAUAUUAUGAGGAAAAAAAUUACGACGAAGCUAUCAAGUAUUACACGGCGUCUAUAGCGAUUUGGCCCACACCUAAAGCUUAUAACAACAGAUCAGCUUGCUAUUUAAAACAAUGCAACUAUACAGCAGCUUUAGCGGAUGCCAAAAAUACAUUAAAUUUAGAUCCGAACAAUGUUAAAGCUCUGUUUCGUCGAGGUAUUGCUCUUCAACAUAAAAACCAAUUCAGAGAGGCACUAGCAGACAUGAACAAGGUCUUAGAGGAACAACCUAAACAUAUUUUGGCACAAAAUGUUGCUCAGGAACUGCGUAAACAAAUUAAUACUGCACCGGAAAGUGUCGUACUAAUGACUGAUGAGAGGCUUAAUAAACCUAAGAAAGUAACUGAAGUAAGCUCAGAAACCAUGAAAAAUGAUACUGUAAAAGAAAAUACGUGUGAAGUACUGCCCAAAGUUAUGUUCAAAUCUAAUUCAAAACAUAACUCAGUAAAAUAUAUCAAUGAACCUCGAAACCAACUUCAUUCAACAGUUGAAGCAAAAGUAGUUGAGCUAUCAGCAGAAGAUAAUAUCAGGGAACCAUCCACCAGGUUAAAAAUCAUUGAAGUAGACAAUUCUUAAGAGAUAACUGCUUUGCAGUAAAAGUGUGUUUUGAAUAGUGUCAUUAUCUUAAAAAUAUAAAGCAACACAGUUCGAUUAAGUUAGAGCUUUAAAUUUUCAUCUGUGUUGAAGUUUAUUGUGAUGAAGGUGAAACUGUUCCAGCGUAUCGUUGAAAAAUGCUUAGUUUGUUCAUUUUGAAAACAAGUUUUUGGGUAUAGUUCAAUCUUAUCUCAUCACUGCUUUGUUGGCUAAAUAUGAAAUAAUUGUAAAAUACUCAAAUUCAGAGCCUCAUCAUCCACUACUUUUCAAUAAUUAUACUGUGACAUGUGUAAUAAUGUGAAUAAUAAAAUGUUAUUAUAGUGCA